AUGACCACACAACCCAAAAAACCCUCUCCCAAAUUCUCAAAAGUCGAUCUCAUACCCUGGGAUCCAGACUCUCCAUCCCAUGUCGAGAGACUAUUUAAUCAACGAGUUGCCUGCACAUGGAAUUCAGAAUAUGUAGAAUCAUGGCGGGAAAAACAGAGACAGGGCACUAUUACUCUCCAAUGGAUUGUCCUACCAAUUAGUUGCCCCACUCGCGAUGAGCUUCAUAACCUUCACAUAAUGCACUGUCCGCUAGAAUCAGAGCUUUUAGUUGAUUCAGCUACGACUUUUAAUGCACUGCCUCGUACUCGUCCCUCUCCACCUCACUCUUUCCUACCUAUUGGUCACAUAGCCCUCGAGGUGCAAUCAUUCUCCCCGCCGUCUUCCCCCACUACCACCACUCCACUCUACUCCACCUACAAAAUCUCCGGCCUCUACAUAUCCAGCCCCCUGCGCGGUUACGGCCUAGGCCGCACAGCCAUGGAUACAGUUGAAACACUCGCAUGUUCUCCCCCUAUUUCCGCUCAAAAACUCAUUCUAGAAGUUAUAGCCAAUGAGUAUCCCGGAAAAGAGGAACGGAGAAUAGCGUUGAAGGUUGAGGAGCUGCUCGUUGAGCAAGAGGAUUGGUACGUUAGGAGGGGAUAUAAGAUUGUAGGGUUUAGAGAUGGGAUGUGGCCUGAGAGGGAUGAGAUGGGAAGGGUUUGGACUGCGAGGUGUUUGUUUAUGGAGAAGAUUAUUUAG